AGCCUACUUGGGAACCCUUGGAUCCGUUUUGCUCCCGCAGAGAAGCGAGAAGCCUGGCGGCCGUCGUGAGCGGAGGACUGCUGGGGGACAGAAGGAUUCUGCCCUUUCCUUCCCCGAGAGCUUUCCCAUCAGCCAAGCCCCACUCACAGGUGGUCAUGGCCUCACUGCCCACUCGGGACCCCGGGGUCCCUGACUUACUUUCUGGGCUGCCUCCAGCGGUCACAACUCCGGCCAACCAGAGCACAGAGGCUCCAGCGGCCAAUGCGUCUGAGGCUGGUCCCGACGCUCAGGCCCUCACGCCCUUCCAGAGCCUGCAGCUGGUGCAUCAGCUGAAGGGGCUGAUUGUGCUGCUCUACAGUGUCGUGGUGGUCGUGGGGCUGGUGGGAAACUGCUUGCUGGUCCUGGUGAUCGCACGGGUGCGCCGGCUGCACAACGUGACCAACUUCCUCAUCGGCAACCUGGCGCUGUCCGACGUGCUCAUGUGCGCCGCCUGCGUGCCGCUCACGCUGGCCUACGCCUUCGAGCCGCGCGGCUGGGUGUUCGGUGGCGCCCUGUGCCACCUGGUCUUCUUCCUGCAGCCGGUCACCGUGUACGUAUCGGUGUUCACACUCACCACCAUCGCCGUGGACCGCUACGUCGUGCUGGUGCACCCGCUGCGCCGGCGCAUCUCUCUGCGCCUCAGCGCCUACGCGGUGCUGGCUAUCUGGGCGCUGUCCGCGGUGCUGGCGCUGCCCGCCGCCGUGCACACCUACCACGUCGAGCUCAAGCCGCACGACGUACGCCUCUGCGAGGAGUUCUGGGGCUCCCAAGAGCGCCAGCGCCAGCUCUACGCCUGGGGGCUGCUGCUGGUCACCUACCUGCUCCCCCUGUUGGUCAUCCUCCUGUCGUACGUCCGGGUGUCGGUGAAGCUCCGGAACCGCGUGGUGCCCGGCUGCGUGACCCAGAGCCAGGCAGACUGGGACCGUGCGCGGCGCCGCCGCACCUUCUGCUUGCUGGUGGUGGUGGUGGUGGUGUUCGCCGUCUGCUGGCUGCCGCUGCACGUCUUCAACCUGCUGCGGGACCUCGACCCGCGCGCCAUCGACCCCUACGCCUUCGGGCUGGUGCAGCUGCUCUGCCACUGGCUCGCCAUGAGCUCUGCCUGCUACAACCCCUUCAUCUACGCCUGGCUGCACGACAGCUUCCGCGAGGAGCUGCGCAAGCUGUUGCUCGCUUGGCCACGAAAGAUUGUGCCGCACGGCCAGACCAUGACUGUCAGCGUGGUCAUCUGAUGCCUCUGAGCCAGGCCUCGGCUAGGGAGCUCCACGUCCACUGGCCACCCAUAGCUGACUCCUAGCCAGAGCUAAGCCAACACAGGGCACAAUGUCCAGCCCAGCCAACUUCUCCACCGGUGUGUUUGUAAAAUAGUAACUGGGCUUUGGUUAGUCUCAUUCUUUUCUU